ACGAGCAAGCUCGACGGAUCGAACAGUCACGCGGGGAUUGAUAAAAAAGGAGUCGAGAAUACGAAACGUUUGCACUAUUUCCAACCUUCCCAUUACAUCCGACGCACGUCACCAUCUAGCUACGCACUACCAUCAGGCAAAUCAACGUGAACUAAAGAGUAACGUGUUGGAAAGAAUAGAAAAAGCGAAAGAUACGAGCACGAUGAAGCAACAAGCGUCGGACGACUUCCCUUUAUGGGUCAAGUUCCUUUCUGCAGGCACUGCAGCCUGCAUCGCUGAUUUAGCGACGUUUCCCUUGGACACCGCCAAAGUCAGAAUGCAGAUCGCUGGAGAAAGUCGUCCUAUCCUGCUGGCGACAGCGGACGGCUCGAUGCUCGCUGUACGAAACACUCAGCCAGGAUUAUGGAGGACAGUAGGGAACAUCAUCAGACUCGAAGGAGCAAGGAGCCUGUACGGAGGUCUGUCCGCGGGACUCCAGAGACAGAUGUGUUUCGCCAGCAUACGGUUGGGCCUCUACGACGGGGUGAAGUCACGCUACGCUGGAAUCAUCGACGGUAAUAACAGGAGCGGAUCGAAGAAUAUCUCCGUACGAAUCGCCGCUGGAAUCACGACAGGCGCCUUGGCGGUGCUCUUUGCUCAACCGACCGAUGUCGUCAAGGUCCGCCUACAGGCUGGAAGUAAUGGACGAUCAUCGGUGAGAUACAGCUCGACCCUGCAGGCGUACAAGAAUAUCGCUGCCGAAGAAGGGACUCGGGGCCUUUGGAAAGGUACCGUGCCCAACAUCUCGAGGAACGCGAUCGUGAACGUAGCGGAGAUCGUCUGCUACGACAUCAUCAAGGAUUUCCUCCUUGAGAAAGGAUACAUGCGCGACGGAAUCCCGUGUCACGUGUCCGCCGCUGUCACCGCAGGAUUAUGCACCACCCUGGCGGCCAGUCCUGUGGACGUGGUGAAGACGCGUUACAUGAACAGCGCUCCCGGCGAGUACAAGGGCGUGAAAGAUUGCGCCGUUCGCAUGAUGAUGAAAGAAGGCCCGUCCGCGUUUUACAAAGGCUUCGUGCCCAGCUUCACGCGGCUGGUGUCUUGGAACAUCGUUCUGUGGAUCACGUACGAGCAGUUCAAGAUCUACGCGAAGAAGAUGAAGGGCGGACAGUGAACACCUCUUGUCCACCCUCUCUCUCCUCCACCCUUUGCACGCCGCAAAGAAAAAACCGUCGUCCUCGUGAAUCGUCGAUUCAUACUGCAUAACGACCACAAACACACACGCAUAAAAAAGAUGAGAGAGAGAGAGAAAAAAAAACAGACACAUACACACACGAUCCGUGUUUUAAUUAACUGCAGCUUCAUAAAUCUGUAUUUCGAUCGUGUAGCUUUAGGGAUGGGAGGAUGCGUAAAUUCGUGUAUCGAUUUUUAGAUAUUGAUCGUUUAUCGGAUAAUAAUAACCCUCGUUGCUUGCCGUCGUUCGCAUGGCCUCUUCUCGUCAUUUUUUUUCACACGUGCACUAGCAGCACCGAAUUAUCAUUGUUUUCUCUCUCUGUCGAAUCGUUUCUUCAGAUAGUGGACGGAGAUGUUGGAGUUGUAGAAGAUCUUCUCUGCCCUAGGUGUCGGUUUCAU